AUGCAACAAGCGUGGCGGGCCUUGGAACCGCCGUCAGGCCGACGACUACAAUCUGGCAGACAGAUCGCAUAUAGGCACACUAUGGCCACCUUGGCUUACUACAAAGAGGAUGGCGGCAACCUCCUAGAGGAGCGCAGCCUUUUUGCCAUCCGCAACUACGAGAGGACGCUGCAGGCGACUGCGGAGUGGCAGUUCUUCUGCGGCAACGCGAUCGUGGGCAUCCAAGAGGCAACAGCAGCACCCGGCAACGCGACCAACCAGACCGUAACGGAAGCGGCAAGCACGCCGGGACAGCAGAUCAGCUGCGCGCCCGGCGAGUCGCUGGUGAAUUACAUUUGGCCCAGCUAUGACAGCCCAAGUGGCAUCUCGGUGGGCCCCGGAGAGACUCAGCAGCUGCUCAUGGACGGUACUGGAUCCCGGUUCUUCCCUGUGGAGGCUGUCGUGUCUGCGCUGCGUGACGGCACCGACAGGCUGCCCCAGACAAUGAACCGGCUCGCGCGGCUUUUCCCGAAGGAUUUCGUGGCCCCGGAAGGUGGGGAGCGUCCCCACACGGACACGCUGAGGUCCUUCUUCCUCUUCAGCCAGGCCUACGGUCCUGAUGGAUACUACGACUCGUCUUCUGCCGCGGGCGUGGAUCGGCAGCGAUUCCAUGGUGGGGACCUGCACAAUCUCCUGAGGCGCCAGGAUACGGUUCUGCAGGAGUCUGGCAUCCGUGUGUUCUACAGUUCCGGGCUGCUCGAUGAGGCCGACAUUUUCAGCGCGCUCUUCGCAGAUGUGAUGCUGUCGGUUGGAGGCCUCACAGGGAAGAUCGUCCCCAGGCUAGGUUUCCAUACCGGCACCAGACAGCAAGAAUGGGCCCUGCCUUCCUUCCUGCUGGCCACUCUUGUCUUUUUCCUAGGGCUGACCACCAGUAGUACCAUGAACAGCAUGGAGAUUCCUUUGUUCUUUAAGGAUGCCAGGAACCUCGCCUGCAAUGUGGCCUGGCUUCGUGUUCCCCAGACUACGCGAUGGCGGUGCUACCAGACAAUGUGCUGGGAUAGCGAGGCCGAGGAGGUGAGGGAGAAUGACCAGGUGUGGCCCUGCAGCAUGUACCCCACCGUGUCCUUGCGCAGCACAGUGGAUCCUCCGACAAAGGCCGAGUUUCUACUGUGCGGUGGUGAGCUGUCCGCCUUGGGAUGA